AUGCUCACCCGCCAAUGCCGAAGCCAACUCCUCAUCGUUCACCCGCAGCAGCGCCUACUCCUUCGCAGCUUUUCCACCGGUAACGAUGAGGACCACACGAGGAGGCUGCUCAGACGACGCAUGAGCAUUGGGCUCCCUGCCGACACAACAGGUAUUGGUGGUAGUAGCGGUAAUGGGGGUCUGGGGAGGUGGGAUGAUGCGCCGCCGACAUUCUCGUGGAGUCGGAUUCAAGAUGUGUUACCCUCGACACGGCCGAAGGGCGUACAUUACCAGCUCACCGACGUUGGAACCACUACCUCCGCAUUUCUUUCCGCAAUCUUCAAGCCAAUUCAGGCUUUCUUCCCAACGCGCACCAACGAGUACUCGCCACCCCCCCCGAAACCGCUCUCCAUUGCUACACCAACAUCAACACGCGCCCUGCGUGACCUCGAGGAGGGAAUUCUAUCUACUGAGAAGUCACUGAAAUGGAUCAGUAAUAAGCACAGGGCUCUAAAGUCGCACUCGCCAUAUCUACAGCUUAGCAGCCGGGCCGUGGUAUCGCUAUUCCAGAGACUCUUGGAGGCAGGGAUGUACAAACGUUUUCUGGAGGUUCUGGAGAGCGAGGAUGUGCUAGCUGAGGAAGGUGUGGAUCUGGUAUGGAUGAGCCUGGAGAAGUACGAUGCGGUGACGAGGCGGAGGAUACUCGAGGGGUUGUGCGAGACAUGCAAAACCCAGCAUCGGCGGCGGUUUAGAGGGAUGUUAAUGGGGCUGGAUUAUAAGGUGGAGAAGGAUUUGCACAUGGAUGUCCUAAACGAGACGGCGCAGAUGUUGUCGCAAAUCCUUGUUGUGAAGGCGCCGACGGAGGAGGGGUAUGCAGCUGAAGUGGCCAAGGCAACAGAUGUAGAAGAGCUGUCUGGGGUGUGUGAUAGGAUCGCUGCUGGGACUGUCAAGAUAGGUGUUGAGACGAGUCAAGCGGUGUUCCGUCGGUUCUUGGAAUUGGGCGGGAUCAAUGACGCGGUCAGGUAUGCGCUGAAGCCGGCGGUCAAUGUCCCCGGAACACAUAAUAUCGCAAGGUUGUGCGAUGCACUCUGUGAUAAGUUCAGGUAUCAGGAUGCGUACAGGCUGAUCAUUGACGCUUUGAAGGUCCAGUCAUUCGGAUUCAUCUCAGAUUUAGAUGUGCUGGCUGGUGUACGCACUGUUGAUAGACUGAGUGGGAGAACUGAGGAUGAGCUUGUAGACUUAUGGGAGGCCCUCAACACAUCGUACGCAAUAUCAAUAAGAGAUAUUACCAAGGACACUUUUGGCGCGUUUAUUGGACGAGCCUGCCGGCUCAAAUUUGGGCGACGGUCACAAUGGUGGGAGGGAAACGGAGCUACUCCGCUGCUCAAAAUGUGUAUGGAGAUUAUCAUUCUGCGUCUGCGCGGAGAGGUGAACACCAUGCAUCUUGCAACCCUCAUGGAGGCCUGGAUAUGGAACUGGCAAGGGGACGAGGACAAGAGGGUUGAUACUACGUCACUAGACGAAAGCAUCCCAUUUCUGCCAAACUUCUUGGAUAUUCUUUCGCAUGAGCAGCUUGACCAGGUCCUCAUCAUGGUAAUAAACAGGAUAACUAUAAACUGCCAACGAAGAGGUAACGAGAUAUUCCCAGUGCGAGUAUUGUGGCCGUUUGUUUCCUCCGUGGCCAAAAGUCAACUUUGGAGGAACGAGGAGAGCGUGGCACUCUGGGCUAUUGAGGGUGCUGUAUUAAGGAAAGGCCUAGCAUCCAAAUACCUCGCCUUCCGCAGCGACCCUGAAAUCGCUCGCUUUGUCGUGCGCCAGUACCUCCCCUUCCGCAUGGCCGUUGAGGGUGCAGACGGCACCGAGAAAGAGAACGCCAAAGCCGUCUUCAUGCAGCUGCGGGGGAUGGACAACCCCGGCGGCACCAUAAUUACCAACCCCGAAGGCAACUCACAGGCCAUUGGCCCCUUCGCACAUGCCAUCCUCGCCUUCAAAGACACCGGCAUCCCAUGUCGCACCCUUCUCCUUGACAUGGUGUACACCCUCUACCGCCUCAUGCGGCCCCAAGAAAUCGUCGAGCUCCUCCGCGACCUCAACGCCCACGGCAUCCGCCCCAGCUCCUCCCAAUACUCCCUCCUGAUACGCACCCUGACCCCCACGCACCCCUCCAGCGCCCUCUCGCUCCUCAAAAUCUACGCAAAAUCCCAAUACAGCGUCUUCGCCGCCUUCAUCGCCUCCACAGCGUCAAAACACCCCCACCUCGCACUCGCCGCAUACCGCUUCCUCACCCGCCCCAACGUCUUCCCCUUCACGCCCGACCAGCCGUGCCUCGCGCCCCGCCGCCUCCCAAAACGCCGCCUCCUCCUCGCGAUGGCCUGGAAAUUCGCAAAUUCCCCCGCAUUGACGGCAAGGCAGUGUCAGCGCUGGGUGCACAUCUGCUACGGGACAAUGCUGAAGCUUGGCUACGCCCCCGGACCAACGAUGGGGCUGGCAAUUGCUGUUGCAGCAGUCCAGAGAACGAUUAGGGAGGGUAUUCCUGUCAGCAUCAACAGCGCGCGGCAGCGAUGGGUGAUCCAGGCUGUCAAGAGACAGGCGGGGACGAAGAAGGCGGAGGAGGUGGCGAUGAUCUUGAAGAGGUGUGAGGAUCUGCGCAAGGAGCGGAGGCGGCAUAGGGAUCGGGACAGGUCGGUGGGGUAUCGGGAUGUGGAGCUGUGGUUGGAGAAGAUUAGGGGGCCGGAUGCGCAGUGGUAA